AUGACAAUGGCGGGCGAGCUGGAGAGUUGCAAGGCCCUGAGCGGGCUGCUCAGCGGCCUGGCCCAGAAGGACUUCCACGGGCACCCGGGCGUUACCGAGGAGCUGCUGCGGAGCCAGCUCUACCCCGAGGUGCCCCCCGAGGAGUUCCGGCCUUUUCUGGCGAAGAUGCGGGGGAUUCUUAAGUCUGUUGCAUCUGCGGACAUGGAUUUCAACCAGCUGGAAGCAUUCUUGACUGCUCAAACCAAAAAGCAAGGAGGGAUCACAUCUGAUCAAGCUGCUGUCAUUUCUAAAUUCUGGAAGAGUCAUAAGACAAAGAUCCGAGAGAGCCUGAUGAACCAGAGCCGCUGGGACAGUGGGCUUCGGGGCCUAAGCUGGAGAGUUGAUGGCAAAUCACAGUCCAGGCACUCAGCUCAGAUACACACCCCUGUUGCUAUAAUGGAGCUGGAAAUAGGGAAAAGUGGACAGGAAUCUGAAUUUCUGUGUUUGGAAUUUGAUGAGGCCGAGGUCAACCAAGUUCUGAAGAAGCUCUCAGAGGUAGAAGAAAGUAUCAGCACACUGAUGCAGCCAGCCUAGCUGAAAAUGGACUUGUUGAAGCAAAGGUGUCCAUGAUCUGUUUUUGUUUUUGGUUUUUGUUUUUAAUAUUAUUCACCCAUUAGUAUUAAAUCCUCAUAUUCAAAUUU